AACUUUUAAGAUAAAUACAACUCUGUCUUUCGGCUAAAUGUCAAAUGGGUGGAAGUGGUGGGUAGCCAUUUUUCUUUCUUUUCGAAAAAUCCUCACGCAAGUGACAAGAACACAUCAACAACAUGCAAUUGUUUGUACGUGGUUUGGAAAACGUUGAGACUCUUGAUGUCCAACAAGAUGUCACCAUUGCCGCUGUUAAGGCUCAUAUUGCCCAGCUCCAUGGCUACAACACUGAGGAAAUCGUCCUGAACUGUGAAGGCAAUGCCUUGGCCAACGAAACCCCCGUGUCUGCUUUGUCCUCUUUUGAAUUGGAUAUCACCAUCCCCAUGUUGGGUGGUAAAGUGCACGGUUCUUUGGCUCGUGCCGGUAAAGUUAAGGGUCAAACCCCCAAGGUAGAAAAGCAAGAGAAGAAAAAGAAGAAGACCGGCCGUGCUAAGAGACGCAUCCAAUACAACCGUCGUUUCGUCAACACCGUCUCCGGUUUCGGACGUCGUCGUGGCCCCAACGCUAACUCUGCUUAAGCUAAGCGCAGUGCUAUAGUAGUUUUUAAUAUCUAUACACAACUCCCAAAAUGUUGAUUUUAGUAAUUUCCAUAUAAAAAGUGAAACACAAAAACCAACAACAA